UCCCUGCCAGCAACACUCUCUAGAAUGGUGACAAAACCAUUCGAGAACCAAUGGUUUGUUUCUGCCUACCCUUAGAUUAGCGUUUACCCUAUUUUUACCAUUUCUGCAGGAUGUGUUGCUCUUCUAGGUGGCAGCCAAAAUUUUUAGUUCCAGUGGAAUUUGGCCUAAAGAAUGUUGUGCUAAAUCUAAGUGAUAACUCAGGGAGAUGCAGCUAACACAGCUCUGCAGCACUAAGAUUCAUUAGCAAAACAUGAGCCUGCCUAACAAAAUGUUUACAGUUUGCCAGAACCCACUCCAGUGUGUGUUUUUACAACUUCUAAACCCUCAAUUCCAGAACACCUGUUAGCCUCAGUAAUCCACACAAAUUAUUGGAAGAAGUACUGUUUCAAAAUUAUUAAAUUCAAUAUUCUUCAGCAUGUGGUAUGUUUUUCUUUAUCUACCUGUCACUGAAAUUUGAAGAGUAAUUUAGGCCACAAUAACAAGGCACCACAGUUUUUGAAACCCACUUUUCCCUGUCUUCUCCAGCCUUUGGGGAAGCUGGCACCUGUGUGACCCUGUGGUGAAUUACAUCAGGCAAUCAGGUUAUAAGCAAAAAAGUGAGUUUUGUGUCCAAUCACCCCCCCUCUCAUCACCACCAAUGUCCUGCACCUGGUCUCAAUACUUUUACAAGAUGUUGAAACAAGCUGAGGUGAGUAUGUGCCAUCAGCCACCUGUUUCCAAUAAUCUCCCACUGAACUCCCCAAACUGGCCUCUCACCUUCCUGCCUGCUGCCCCACUCAGCUGUUCUGUGUUUGUGGCUGUAACUGCCGUGCACCCCUUUAUCCUGAACACUGGCUGGCUGCUUUGGGAUGUGCUUUUCUUUGUCUGGAGCUCAGCUUUGUUCCUUUUUCUUCCCUGUUCUGUUGUAUCUUUGGGUUCUGCUGUUGCUGUGGUUUCCUGCCUUUUCCCUGGUCUCACGCACCUUUGGUUCUGCUUCUUUAUGUGUCUUUCCUGAUGCGGGGAGUGGUCUUUGACCAUGCCAUUGCUUUAUUCUUCAGACUAACACAUUCCUCUGGCUGUUCUGGCGGUUGGCAUCUUACCCGCAUGUAGGUUUUUCCUGUCGGCAUUCCUGCACCGACAUGAGGCACCUCCGGGGUGGCACCGGGAGGCAGAGGCCGCGAUGCUCUUCUCAGGAGCCCUUUAAUGGACAAUCUGAGGCUGUCGUCUCUGUGCCCAGCGGGGUCACAGCGCCGUGCCGAGCCGCGGAAGGCACCCGGAGCUCUGGCUGGGUAGCCAAGUGCCCUGUGCCCGGCAGCAGCCGGCCAGGCCGGCCCAUCCGCAGCGCUGGGGCCGCUCCGGGCCCGCUCCGCAGCGCCGUUUCCGGGAGCCGCGGGCAGGUGAGGCGGCGGCGGCGGGCGGAGCGGAGCGGGGUGGCCGCGAUGAGGCUGCUGCUGCUGGCGUGUCUGCGGGCACACACCGGCAACGCCACCACGGCCGCCAGGAUCCAGAAUCAUCUACAUGCUGCAGGUCAUAUCUGUGUUCUUAAAGAUGCUUUCCUGUAUGAAAGUCCAGCAGAAAUAGCAAACCUGACCUCCACAGACAAGUUUGAUGCAGCCCUGGCCAUUCACCUCUAUAAAGGAGGCAGACUGCUGCAAGGGAGCAGAAUUCCUUUUGGAAUCAUCUUUGGUGGGACAGAUGUAAAUGAAGAUAUCAAAUGUAAAGAGAAGCGCCAGGUAAUGGGAGCAGUGCUGGAGAAAGCCAGGUUUGCAGUGGCUUUCACAGUGGAAAUGAAGGAGCUGGCAGCAGCAGAGUGGCCCGAUGCUCGGAAGAAAAUCUACGUGCAAAGCCAAGGAAUUAAGACUACACCCAGUGAAACAUUUGACUGGUACAGAUUCCUACAAAAUGCAGGCAUUCCUGCAGACACGGGCAGUGUGCGCCUGUUCCUGCUGGUGUGUGGGCUCCGGAGGGUCAAGGACCCUCUGUACCUCGUGGAAGCUUUCUCAGACUGGCACAGAAAGGAUCCCAGUGUCCAUCUGGGCAUUAUUGGGCCUGCAGUUGAUCCACUUUUUACCAGUGAAGUUAAGGAGAGAGUUAAAAGGUUCCCGGGGGUGCACGUGCUGCAGGAGCUGCCCCAGCAGGAGCUGCACGCUGCUCUCAGGAGGAGCCUGGCCCUGGUCAACAGCUCCGUGUCCGAGGGCAUGUCUGCUGCCAUCCUGGAGGCAAUGGAUUUAGAAAUCCCAGUGCUGGCAAGGAACAUUCCUGGGAAUGCAGCAAUAGUAAAACACAAGGAAACAGGCCUGCUGUUUUCAACUCCCCAGGAGUUUAUUGCACUGUCCAAGAGUUUAAUGAAUGACCCCAUUUUGGAAAAGGAAAUUAUAACAAGGGCCAAAGACUACGUGAAGAAGCACCAUUCCUGGGAAGGUGAAAGGAAAACCUACCAGAACCUUGUGCAGAGACUGCAGUGACUUGGCAGGCUGCAGCUGAGAGCCAGGGCAGCACUUUCCUGAUGGAAACGUGGUUAGCUUUGGGUUCCUCUGGGGUUCCUGCUGGAAGAACAGUCAGACAUUGCAGUUCCAGUCCCACAAACCAGCUCCCAGCCUGGGCUCAGCAGCAGGAGGGCACCCCUGGAGCAGCUGCCAGCUGUUUGCUGCUGUGGUGCUGCCAGGGCAGGGCAUUCCUGGCACACAGGGCUGGCAGGAAACCUCCUGCCCUGCUGCAUCCCCCCCUGCAGCAGCAGCAGCAGCAGCAGCAGCAGCAGCAGCAGCUCCCUUCCCACUGCCACCCUCGGAGCACACCCAGGUGCUCAGCACACACUGGGAUAAAUGAUGCCACCAGAGGGAUAAAUGAUGCCACCAGAGGGAUAAAUGAUGCCACCAGAGCUCCCUGCAGCCUGCACUGGGGCAGCAGGAGUACCACAAACAGUGAGCAGUGCUGCUGCUGGGCAGAGGGAGCAGCACAGGGUGAUCCCCUGAGCCCUGCAGCCCCUCCUGGGCAUGGCCCAGCUCUCCUGAGCCUGCAGUUCUGCCCCUGGCACUGGGGCAGGAGCUUGGCCCAGGGGCCAGAGCUGUGCCAGAGACGCUCUGUUACAUCAACUACCUCUUGCUUUGCCAGUUCCUUUGGUCCCCCUGUGAUUUACUUAUUUAUUAAAAGAUUUAUGAGACCUAUGAAAAGGGAUGUGGGGGGUGGAGGUAUUUUCAAUUCACUGUUUGUUCUUAUUUGUGGCUUCUCAGGAUGUAUUUCCAUAGAAUGCAGCAGCCUUGUCUGAAAGUGAGACUGAUCUCUGCUGAAAGUCCCCACUAAUCAUCCCUGGCAGCCCAGGGAUUAUGGACACACCUCUGAGUCUGUAACUGGGCAUCCAAGGACUUGCAUCUACAGGAAAAAGAAAAAAAGAGGGGCAUAUUUGUAACAGGUUCUUAGGCACCUGUUUGCUUUGUAUGGUCUUGAGCCUAGGAGAACCUGUGAAAUGUUCUCCUUGAGCCUGGAGAACCUGUGAGAUGCCCCAAGGAGAGCCUGGGAAAUGUUUUCUGUGACUUCAGUGGCUGUUGUGUCAGACUUUUCUUUGUCAUAAUGAACUUCACUGUGCAUUUUAAGCUUUGCUCUCUAUUUUUGAUGUGUUGCAAGGUUCUGGUGCAGUAAACAAGAAAGCAGUUUGAA